AUGACCGAACGCAAACUCCCGGUCAAACAACUGGUCAUCCUCUCGAUAUGUCGGUUUGCAGAGCCGAUUGCCUUGACUUCGGUCUGGCCUUAUGUUCCUGAGCUCAUGGAGCGAUUUGGCGUGCCUGAGAACGAAAUCGCUCGCUGGGCCGGCCUCACCUCUGCCAUCUUCUCCAUAUGUCAGGCCUUCACCGGCUUGAUUUGGGGCGCAGCAUCAGACCAUUACGGGCGGAAACCAAUCAUACUGCUGGGGCUCUUCAACACCAUGUGGACCAUGCUGCUCUGGGGCUUCUCGACCAAUCUGCCCAUGGCCAUGGCCGCGCGCGCGCUACAAGGAUUGGGCAAUGGCAACGUGGGCAUUCUCAGAACAACGGUCGCCGAGCUGUGUCCUUGGAAGGAGCUGCAGCCUCGAGCCUUCUCUGUCAUGCCUUUGGUCUAUACUAUUGGCGCUAUCUUCGGUCCUACGUUGGGCGGUGCGCUGUCCAACCCGCUGCGAAUCGAUCCACGCAAGCCGAGCAGUGAUGCGUUUCUGGCGAGAUUCCCGUACUGCUUACCAAAUAUCGUGGCUGCCGUCUUCUUUUUCGUGGGCAUCAUUGUCGGCUGGCUCUUCUUGCAAGAGACACUUGAGAGCAAGCGCCAUCAUCGAGAUCUGGGUCUCAGGACAGGCGCAAGGCUCACGGCGUCCAUACGCAGGCUGGCUGGUAUCAAUAAGAAAGGCAGCUUGAACGAGUCGGAACGCGAGCCCCUCCUCGGCCAGCAGAAGACAGUAGACAGCCGCUCAACGGCAGUCGGCGCUGCCCCGGUGGCCAAAGCAGAAAAGCCCAGGAUCCGAGAUGUCCUGACAUACCAGACGACGCUGAAUUUAGUGGUGUACACCCUGCUAGCGCUUUACUCAAUCGCAUACGACCAGUUGAUUCCAGUUUUCCUACAUCAUCCUCCGCAAGAUCCUAAUGAUCCCAACAUCAGCCUGCCAUUCAGAUUUGCCGGUGGCUUUGGUAUAGACUCGCGACGUAUCGGUGCCAUCUUCACAUUUUUCGCCAUCUCGUCCACUCUGUUCCAGUUUCUGCUGUUCCCGCCGCUCGCACGCAGCCUCGGCGUUCUCAACUGCCUCCGUAUCGCCUUCCUGGUCUAUCCGGUCAUCUUCUUCAUCACGCCUUUCGUCAGCCUCAUCCAAGACAACACGGCGAAGCAAGCUGUCAUGAUCGCUCUGCUGGUCGUACGCGGUCUCGCCGGGACUUUUGCUUUCCCAACAUCUACCAUCAUGCUCACGAACAGUGCCGCUAGCCUGAGGGUACUGGGAACCAUCAACGGCGUGGCGACGAGUGUAUCGGCGGUCGGACGUGCAUCAGGGCCAGCUAUCGGCGGCGGGCUGUUUACUUGGGGUGUCAAGCGAGGCUACAUCAUAGUUCCUUUCUGGACUCUGACAGUCAUCUCGUUGAUCGCCUCGAUACCAACCUGGUGGCUUGUAGAAGGCAAUGGUUUCGGUGGCGAGGAUUCGGAGACGGAGGAAGAUGAGGAGUCGGUCCUCGAGAACGAAGAGACCUCCACCCAACCAAGACCGAUACCUGAAGAAAUUGCUGCGCGAUCCGAGUCAGAAUUUGGUGAGCCCGGGGCUAUACUCAGCUACACGAGCACGCGACGGUCAAGUGCAGGAGCGUCUUCUGCAGCAGGAGAACACGACGACGUCAAUGAUCUAGAGCGAAGACGUUCCUCUACCCAGCUCCACGGCACUAGAAGCCACUCUCGAGGCAGCGCAGUCAGGAGACGGUCAUCUAUACCCAUCGGCAUGGGCAAAGGCUUGAGAAGAUUCAGUUCGAACCUGGGUAGUACGGGUGUCGACGCUAGCGGAACGAGCUGGGGCGGAAGAUAG